UCCCCCCUCUCUCUCUAAGUUUCAAACGCCCACUCUCUCUCUAGAUGGGUUCGGUGCAGCUCCACUAUGCUUCCCCCACUUUCUCUCUCCUCACCCAACCACCCAUAUUCCCAACUUCCAGAAAACCUCUCUCUCUAAAACCCCACAUCAGAAAACCCAUUCAAUUCUCCUCAUCCACUUCCAGCAACGAAAUCUCACUAGCAAAAUGUGAUUUACUGGGAUUAAUCUCAGACCAAGAGAGAGGAAUCAAAACAGAGGGAAAUGUUUCAAAGAGAUCAGAAAUCAUCAGAGCAAUUGAAGCAUUGGGUUUUCAUGGACGAAACAUGGUUACCACAAAUGAUUCUCUCUCUGAUACAUGGCGCAUGCUGUGGACUACAGAGAAAGAGCAAUUGUUCAUUAUACGCUAUGCUUAUCUCUUUGGAACAAAGGCUGGAGAUGUGUUGCAAGUGAUAGAUUUGGAGAAUUCAUUUCUCAACAAUGUCAUUACAUUUCCACCUUCUGGGGUGUUCUUUGUAAGGUCGGAUCUCAAGGUUGCUUCUCCUCAGAGAGUGAAUUUCAGAUUUACGGGUGCAGUUCUGCGAGGUGCUAAUUGGGAAUUCCCUUUGCCACCUUUUGGACAAGGGUGGUUUGAAUCCAUUUAUUUGGAUGAUGAUAUUCGAGUUGUAAAGGAUAUCCGUGGAGAUUACUUAGUUGUUGAUCGUGCUCCCUAUAACUGGAAAGAAUGAAAAUGUUUAUAAAGGUAUUGUAGUAACUAUUAUGGUGAACCAGAGGCAUCAGGAGUUUGCGACUGGUGCCUAAGUGAAGAGAGAGGCAGAGAUUACAAGUUGCAUUGCCGGAAAAUGGCCAGGAAAGAAGCCAGAAUAUCUGUUUCUGGCCAUGAGGUGAAGCAAGAGGAUGAGUAUGCACAUGAUAAGAAGAAGAAUGGGGGGGCAAUGUCUUCUACAAGGUCCAACAAUCGUCGAUACAAGCUUCUCAAGGAUGUCCUUUGUUGAUCUUGACAAGAUUAUCCAUGUAACCAGGUCUUAGCCACCUUUCAUACC